AUGAGGCAGCAUGAUAUAUCUGGGUGGCAGAACAGCUGGAUGAGGCAUGUGAGGAUGAGGCCCGCGAGGAUGGGGCCUGCGAGAGACAAGCAGCACGAGCACGCUCCAUCUUGGACGAUUAAGCUAGGGAUGCUGGCCCCGCUAUCCGUUGAGCUGACAGACGUGUAUGCUCCUAGAGCACACCUUCUCAUUGCUAUUAGCCCAGCAAUUGAGGCAGGCACCACUAUAGAUGACGCGGCCCUUUUGCAAGCUCGCUCAGGAUCGCUAGCUGGCGUCUCUAAAUUAAAUUCCCAAGUAGCGCUUGAAGCCUGCAUCAAGAGGCCAAUAAGAGAGUUACAGGUUAGGAAAGAGGAAUUCUACAUGGCGAGGGAAUGUAUUACAGACCUCAAGAUUCCUUACGACCCAGAAUUGACUCUAAUACAGGUACGCGAUGUUAAGAGGAUCUCAACAGAGAAACAACUCAAGGCACUAAGACAGCAGGAUCAUGAACGGCAGACGAGCACAGGCUCGGAAAGCCAAAGCAUCACCAAGCUGUCCAAGGUGACCACCUUGGCCGGACCUGUCCAAACUCUUAUUGCUAAAUUGUUAUCUACUCUUUGGAAGAGCGCGAUUGAUACUCGGCUUCAUCUUUGUCUCUCACAUGCUCAGUCACGUGGCCACCCACCCCGGACUCGGUUGUCCCAACGCUACUCACUGAAGCUCUCAUCUGUACACCUGGUCUUAGUAUCUACGAAGGGUAACCCGCUACGCCCUCAGCUUAGGGGAUCGUUCUCAUCAUCUCUCUUGCCUCGUCGACCUUUGAAGCCACCUCCACCGUCACUCGUAGCAGUAGAGCCGGCGGAAUAUGAGGAAGUGAGGAAGGAGAGGAGGGUAGGGACGCAGGCUCCAAGCACUUUUGGGGGGAUUAAUAAAGCCCUGGAUCGAGGGGCCCUCGGAGCUGCUGUGAAUUUCCCUCUCUUCUGUUUGCAAUUCAUGCCUGUGUUGAAGCUAACGCAGCCUCAGGUCAUUCUCCCUCAGCCUAACGAUAAGGCUAAGCAUAUCGCGCAGCCUCAGCUGCCUUUCACAGCACUCUGA